AGUAAAAAUCACUGAAUCACUGAUAAAACUAAGCUUUAUCCUUUGAAAAUUAUUACAUCUGUUACAAUCUUACUGUCUGAAAUUAAUUAAUCAUCGUUCGAAACCCAUUUUAAAUUGCCCUAUAACCAACAAUGAAAACUAAAAAAAAAACAGUAUUUUAAUAAGCAUCCUUUCAUUUCAUGUCUGAAGUAACCUUGAUCAUGAAUACCACGCCUUACAUAAUGAAUCUAUACACCGUUUCGGUCCAAAAAAGUUUUGAAAUUGUUUUAAAUUUCUUCUUUCCUUUUGUCAAUGUCCCUUUCACUUCAAAUAGAGCGGUCUGGUUGAACCGGUUGGUGUAUUUGGCAAGUCGGGAUCCCCAUGAUACCGAAUAUCGUUACUUUGUUUUAAUUUUCCUUUUGUUUUGCAACAUUCCCCAUACAAUCUACUCGCUUUUUCAUUCAUUAUAUAAAGAAAGCUCACUCUCAUUUUUGGCAUCAGUGACCAUUUGUUCGCCCCACACACAACACCUCACAAGUAUUUUGCAACAUGUAUUCCAAGAUCAUUGUUGUUCUGGCCCUUGUCGCCGCCGUCAGUGCUCAAAGCCACUACGGACAUCAACAACACUACCAGCCCCAGCACUACCAUCACGAAGAGGAACAUCACGGACCAGUGCACUACGAGUAUCACUACGAUGUGCAUGAUGACCACACCGGUGAUGUUCACGGCCAGAAGGAGGCUCGUAAGGACGACUCUACUCAGGGCGAGUACUACCUGAUCGAUGCCGAUGGCCACAAGCGUACCGUCACGUACCACGUUGAGGGUAAGAGCGGAUUCAUCGCGGAGGUGCACCGUGAGCCGAUCAAGGGAUACCAGGCACCGCAGCCCCAGCAUCAUCAAUAUCAGCCCCACCAUCAGGUUCCGUCUCACUACAACUAUCAACAUUAAAUAAUAGUAUAGUCAUACAAAUUUAUCGAAUAAUGUUAAUAAACUAACGAUAAAACUUAUCUAUAUGUGAACUUGUAUAUAUUUUUUGCGAUGGAACUUAUUGACAUGAAUUGGGACCUAGAACUCGAACGACUUAAUAACAUGCCCAUUAUAUGCUCAAAUCUCAUAUGAAUGGUCUCCCGAAGCAAGGAUUGACUAUCUGAUUGUGUGGUA